AUGGCGCCUCUCACACGCGGGGAGGAGCGGGUCGCAGCUCUCGAAAGGCUCGUUCAAGCCCAAUCAGAGGAAAUUCGUCUUCUUCGAGACCAGCAACGUAAAUCCGACGAGCGGUUCGAAGAAAUCUUGAGAACAAUUUCUGAUCUCACAGCCGUCGUCUGUGAAGUCCGUGAUGUUUUGAAGUGCAAGAAAUCGUAUUCGGAUGUCGUCGCCGCACCUACCACAACUUCGCCACUUGCCCUUGCUAUGAAGGCACAACGUGCGUUGGAGUCAAGAUCGGCCCAUGAAAAAGACCUGACCAUCGUCGUAGUUGGACAUCAAGAAGCGGAACAAGAAGACCUGACCGGCUGUGCUCGUGAAAUCCUCUCAGCCAACAAUAUCGAUCCAACACACAUUGCCGAAGUCUUCCGUCAUGGCACAAAAAGAGCCGGUUCUACUCGAAUCAUCAAAGUGAAAUUGACCUCAAGGAAAAGCUAUUUCCCGAUCAAGAAAGCCCUCGGACAGUCGACGUUUGGAACAUUCGCCCGCGACGACCUCAGCAUAGAAGAGCUGAAAGAAGACCGCCGCCUCCGUCAACAGUGCCACAUCAUGAACCAAGAAGUCGGUCGGAAGUGCUACGUCGUUCGGGACCUUGCCAUCGUCGCCACCAACAACCAGUCUCUCUAUGCCCCAGCAUCUCUUCACGUACCUUCAAAGACAGGUGGGGUGGAGGAAAGAUCUGAACCCGUAGAUAAUAAUAACAGCCAGUCUUCGCAAUGA